UUAAAGCGUGUCAUCGCGCACCACCUCCCGUAGCGAUUGGCUCGUCGCGCACCAACUACAUCUCCCAACCGACAGUGAACACAAACAGAACCAAUAGCAGGGGUCCCCUAGUCCGACCAAUCCAAAGCCAGGAUUUUCCGCCUUCCGCAAGACUCCAAAGAAUGGCCUACUGCGUGUUCAGUCCAGCUGUGAACACCGGGAGAACAAGUCACCCUAGAGCGAGCUUACCGAGUGUUGAACUAUUCGAGACUAUUGCUUCCAGUUUUAUUUAUACGGGCUUUUUCCAAGUUCUUUAUCGAGUGUAAUUUUCGUCUGAAUUAGAUUUAUGGACAUGAUUUUGGUGAAUAUUUGACAAGACAUUUUAAGUGAUUAUUUGACUGUUGAGUGUAAAAAACAAAGUGAAUCAUGAUUAACGCGUUCAUGGACACUGGUCACCACCAUUUGACCCCGUACGGGCUCAAAAUGAGUCCUGGUCACAACGGUGGGGGUGCGACAAUCCCGUCGCCGCACCAGAACCCGGCGGCAGCUAUGACGGCGCCUGAAGUAGGCUCCGGCCCUCAAAACCACCAUUUCCAAGCCAACUACGGCCACAUGGGCCAUCUUAACCCUCACGCAGGCUACGCCGCCCGCGAUUUUCUCCUCCGCCGCGACCACCACGAGUUUCCGACGGCACAGACCGCCCCAAGUGACCCAGUGCUAUUUCACCACCACACGGAGAUGCCGCCGCACCACAACCCGCACCUCGCGCCUCACCACCAAAUGCUCUAUUCCCGUACAGAUCACCAUGCGGCUUAUCACCCCCAACCCAAUCACCACCAGUACCUAAAUCCGCACAUGGCGAUGCCGCAUCACCCCACAAACGUCCACGGGGCCUUCUUCAGGUACAUGCGGCAACCCGUCAAGCAGGAGAUGCAGUGUCUUUGGGUCGAUCCCGAUCAGCCGCCUCCGCGGAAAACCUGCGGCAAGCACUUCACCAGCAUGCACGAAAUUGUAACGCAUUUGACGGUCGAACACGUUGGCGGUCCAGAGUGUACGACACACGCUUGUUUUUGGCAAAAUUGUUCGAGAAAUGGAAGACCUUUUAAGGCUAAAUAUAAGUUGGUUAAUCACAUCCGUGUGCACACCGGAGAAAAACCAUUUCCUUGUCCAUUUCCAGGAUGUGGAAAAGUUUUCGCCAGAAGUGAGAACCUCAAAAUCCACAAAAGAACGCAUACUGGCGAGAAACCCUUUAAAUGCGAGUACGAAGGAUGCGAUAGGAGAUUUGCGAACUCCUCCGACAGGAAAAAGCACUCGCACGUCCACACGUCCGACAAGCCUUACAACUGUCGCGUGGCCGGUUGCGACAAGUCCUACACCCACCCCUCCUCCCUCAGGAAACACAUGAAGGUCCACGGAUGUUCUGGAAGGUCGCCUCCUCAUUACGACAGCGAUGGGGAGGAGAGCAACUCCUCGUCGGCGGGAAGCAUAUCGGUGGCGGCGAGUCCUCACAUCCAGGCGCCUCAAGUUCCGGGGAGUACGAGUCUGAGCGAUUGGUACGUGGCCUGUCAACCCACUCCUCCAACAACGGACCAUUUGGGAGGUUUAGGUUUUGGAAAUAUUCAUCAUCAUUCUCAUUCGGGAGCAGCUACGGCUUAUUGAUAGUACUUACCCAUUGCUGUUCUUGUAUUAUAUUGUAUAUUUAUUUCUAUGGCGCCUUCAAAAAUACCUCUAAUAUGUAAAAGCACCUUUAGUUUUACUUUUGGAGGCCUCGUAUCCUUGACUGUGAAUAAUAUUUAAUAUUUUGUGCAAUUCACAAUUCGUUGCUACGUUUUGAUGGCAU